AUGUCGUUCAACACAAUUCCUAUCCUUGACCUUUCCCUUGCGCGGUCAUCAGAGACCAAAGAAUCGUUCCUCGACGACCUGCGGCAUGCCCUCCUCGAAGUCGGCUUUUUCUACAUCAAAAAUACCGGCAUCUCCUCUGCUUUGAUCCAAGAUGUGGUCGAGCAAGGCAAAGCGUUCUUCGACUUACCCUUGGAGAAGAAGCUGGAAGUUGAGAUGAAGAAUGCGCCCAGCUUCCUCGGAUACAAUAAAUUGGGCAUGGAGAUCACACGCUUUAAAAUAGAUUGGAGAGAGCAGAUUGAUAUAUCCACUGAGCAUCCGGUGCCCGGACCAGAUGAACCUCUAUAUCAUAAUCUUCUUGCGCCAAAUCAAUGGCCCGAUCCGCACGCGCUUCCGAAGUUCAGACCGACUUACGAGAGGUACAUACAAGAAAUGGGCGAUGUGAGUAUGGAGUUUACGAGUCUCAUCGCUGAAGCGGUGGGUUUGCCGCGCAAUGCGUUUGAUCGAUUUUUCGACGAUGCCCAGCAGCAUAAAUUGAAGAUUGUGAAAUAUCCGGAUCUGGAGGAACUAGGGAUAGAAGGCGAGGCGCAAGGGGUGGGACCCCAUAAAGAUAGCAUGCUUACCAGCUAUCUAUUGCAGGCCAGUCAUCACAAGGGCUUGCAGGUGCAAGCACCAGAUGGAAGAUGGAUUGAUUGUCCUCCUCUUGACGGAACGUUGGUGGUGGCUAUUGGUCAGGGAAUGCAAGCCUUGACCCAGGGCGUCUGUCAAAGUACAACACAUCGAGUACUAAGUCCAGCAAGAGGAUCAGGUCCCAGAUUCAGCAUUCCUUUCUUCCAAGGUGUGAGCUACGAUGCGACUUUUGAAAGUAUGGAUGUGCCAGAGUCUGUCAAGGAAUUGCGGAGCCGAAUUCUGGAGCAAAGAGGUGAGAGGAUCGAUGAUAUUGAAUUCACUUUCAUGAGUGGACGAUAUCAUCAUCUGGGUGAAGCUACGCUCAUGAAUCGGAUCAAGAGUCAUCCCGAUGUUGGCGAGAAAUUUGUAUGCUCCCCCUUGGACAUUUUCGUGCCCGUGGCACAUGCAGCUUGUUUUUAUGCUGAUAUCCGACAGUAUCCUGACCUCCUGAAGAAGAUCCGACGACAACAAGAACAAGACCAGAAACAAGCGGGCAAGGCGGAACCUUCAGAACAAGAAUUGCUAGAUGCAGCGAUCAAUGUUCACUCAUCAGUAAUCGAAGCACAUUGA